CUCCCGCCCCGCGGAGCCCGUGGGCAGGGGCCAGGGCGGCGCGGCGGGGCUGCGCCAUCUGCCACACUCGCCGUGUCCCGCGGGGAUGGAGAAGGAGUUCAGGGUUGGCCCGGGGCCGGACAACUCGACGAGCUUCGCCGACGAUGUGCUGCGCGUCUUCGGGGCCAACCACAGCCUGUCGACGGGGCAGCUCUCGGCGCUGCUGCAGCGCCUGGGCGCCGCGCCCACCCUGGGCUCGGCGCUGCCGCUCGCCCACCUGCACCACAACCAGUGCUUGACUAGUGAAGAAAUCUUUUCUUUGCAUGGGAUACCGAACGGCAGUUACAUAUCAAAUUCCAGCUUCUCUACAAUAUGUCCUGCAGUUUUGCAACAGCUAAUUUUUCACCCAUGUGCCCAUCAGGAAAGCUUUGUGGACACAUCUAAACCACAUUCUUUGCAAGUUUGGGGAUUUGGGUUCCUGGCUGUGUCUAUCAUUAACUUGGCAUCACUUCUGGGAUUGAUUUUAACUCCUUUCUUAAAGAAGUCAUAUUUCCCCAAGGUUUUAACUUACUUUGUGGGCUUGGCCAUUGGUACUCUGUUUUCUAAUGCAAUUUUCCAGCUCAUUCCAGAGGCAUUUGGGUUUGACCCAAAAGUCGAUAACUAUGUUGAGAAAGCUGUUGCUGUAUUUGGUGGAUUCUACAUUCUCUUCUUUGUGGAAAGGAUUCUUAAAGUGAUACUAAAGCUCUAUAACAAGACUGGCCACAACUACUUUGAAAAUGGAGAAGAGAAUAAUUCUCAGGAUAAGACUACCUCACCCAAACCAUCAUCAUCCAGCAAUGGGGGCACAUGUUAUGCAAAUUCAGCUGUCGUGGAGAGCAAUGGAAAUCUUGGUUUUGACAGCAUCAGUGUGAUCUCAGCACAGGAAGGAGCCACCCAGAGCAGCUUAUGCAAGUGUCUUAAGGGGCGUCCACUGUCAAAGAUUGGGACCAUUGCUUGGAUGGUGACACUGAGUGAUGCCGUACAUAAUUUCAUAGAUGGCUUGGCGAUUGGGGCUUCUUUCACUUUGUCUCUGCUUCAAGGGCUCAGUACCUCCAUAGCCAUCUUAUGUGAAGAGUUUCCUCAUGAACUGGGGGAUUUUGUCAUCUUGCUUAAUGCAGGAAUGAGUACUCGGCAGGCUCUGUUUUUCAAUUUCCUAUCUGCAUGUUCUUGUUACAUUGGGUUGGCCUUUGGAAUAUUAGUAGGCAACAACUUUGCUCCUAACAUCAUCUUUGCUAUAGCUGGUGGAAUGUUCCUGUACAUCUCUCUGGCAGAUAUGUUCCCAGAGAUGAACGAUAUGCUGCGGGAGAAAGUGACGGGACGAAAGACAGAUCUGACAUUCUUCCUCAUUCAGAAUGCUGGUUUGCUCACGGGGUUUACUGCUAUCCUGCUGAUCACCUUGUAUGCAGAAAAUAUCGAGCUGUGACGACGGAAUCAGGAGUGGAGACAUCAAGCAAACUGCAAAUGGAAGACACUUGAAAUCCAUACAGGGACAUUCAUUUCAUCUACUCGGUUUUGAAACAGUGGCAAGGCUCAUCCUGUCCCUCCUGCCCCAAAUACAGGCAAUUCUUCUUUAGGACUUGCAGUUGAACCAAAUAGUAGGAGCUGUCAGCUUCUGUGUGAUGCCAAAAAAUUAUGCUAAUAUUUUUAUUUCUACUUAAAAUUAUCAGACAUAUCUGAACUGUCAUAGAGGAAGGGUGUUACUUGGCCAGUAGAAUUAUGCAAUACAUGCAGCUACGUGCAAAUCCAGACCAACUGAAAGCUGAGGUCUACAAGGAAGAUGUGUAUUUAAAAGAAAAUAAUACAGUUUCAUAUAGUUUUUUAACUGUGAUGAAGGCAAGCAGUUUCAAAACUGGUUAAUUUUUAUGACUUUUGUUGCAGGAUUUGUCUGUGUAACAUCUUCAUUCGUCACCAAAAAAAAAGAAAAAAAAAAUCAAACCAUUUCAGAGUAGGUACUAAUGAAGCUAAGAUUUUUAAUUACUAAUUAACACUGGAAGGAAAAGUAUCAGUUCCUGCUUUUGAUCUUUUCUCUUUAUAAAUGCACUAGGGAAUUGUUGAUUUAUUUUGAGAACCACUUUUUUUAAUUAGAGGGAACCUGUGUUAAAUUUAUGACUGUUUAUCAACUCCAUAAUAUUUUAGAAACAUUGAGUACUUUAAAAAUGUUCAAGUUUUGUGUAUUCUAUGAAAAUAAUAAAGUUUUAUACUUAAGUUUCCCAUAUAACCCCUUUAAAAAUCAGUUCUUUAGUCUUGCAGAGGAGAAUUUAGGAAAAAAACCUGCUAAAAUCAACAUUCCAGUAUGCUUUCUUCAUAAUUUGAAUGAUUUCUUUGUGUGCAGUUGGAUGGAAUGAAAUGAUAAUAAAAUAUACAAAUUCUUACCACAAUCUGUUGCGUGUGAACUUUCUAAAAUCAUGCUUAUAUAUAUAUGAGUUCUUCUGAAAUAAACAAUUCAUCUACUCAUUACGAAUCUGCUGUAAGAUGAGCACAAGGAAAUUCAUUAAAAAA